GCACAUGUUGGUUGAGUGAAAGAGCUAGGAUGUCUGAUUGGCAAUUUGUCCAGAAGGGUUUUAAAAUUAUUGGCCAAGGAUUAACCUUAGGUAUCAGAGAGGCCGUUAAGGUGGUCACCCAGGGAGCAAUGGGUGUUGCCUCUCUGGUAAUCUCUGAAUUAUGGGUUUACGCCAAGGUCCCUGUGAUCGUAGGAGGGGUCCUGGUGAUGUUAUCUGUUUGUGUUAAACUCAUGCAUCUUUUGAAGUGUUUUGCCAGCUGCAGCAGGAGAUCUGUUAAUCAGCCCCGAUGGGAGGAGGAAGGGCCUCCUGAGUCAAUUAGAUUGGGACCACGUGGACGCCGGGCACUCAGGAACAGAGCUGCACGCAGGUAGCAUCUCCCUUGAAGAGUAAGUUCUCAGGUAUUAUGGCCCGUGCAGAAUCUCCACGUGAGGUAUUUGAAGAAGCAGAUGAGGAUGUGCUGAUCACCUCGGUAAGACUAUCUCUAUUGGCUAAUCUUACCGGCGCGAUAUACUAAUAUUAGAUGCACAAGAGGCCUAACUGAGGACUCUUGGAAUGUUGAUGUGAUAACUUCUGCUUAAUGCAUGAUGAGAGAAUGAUUGGUACAUCCUGUUAUCUGAUCAGGAUGGAAAGGCCCACUUAUUCAUUGUGGUUACUAAUUUGCAUGCUGUAACUUGUGUAAUUCCUGCGGGAAGCAGUGAAGACCUGUGACCUGGAUUAGAGGUCUCUAGGAUUUCUACAUACCUAUUAGUGGCAUGUUUGAUAUCAUUAUAUGAAUGUGUUGUACUAACAGAAUUAAUGAUGAAGAAGUGUCUGGCUGCAUUUUGUGAGAAAGACCUGACCUCAAGUUCACAGAGGAUGGUUGAUGAAUCAGAGGAUCUAUUGCCUGGCCCAGACUCUCAGGAGAUGCUGGUGCUGCCACCCAGUGGACAGAAGCCGCUGGUGGACAAGCGACGUCAGCCUGGGGUGAUACCACCCAAGAGAGUUUCACUUUACGGGCUGGUGGAUGGUAAACCUGUAAGGAUAAACCCGAAUGGACCGUGGAACGCACAUGUUUGGGAACGUAUUGUGUUGGUCUCUGAUGGUACCAGUCAUAAAGGGACUCGAGUGGCGAGGAGGGAGAAGAUUCUUCAGAGAAUUACACACUCGACUCUAGUUAAGCAUUUUGAUUGUGUCAGGCGCGAUGUGUCACGGGGCCAGACGCGCUUGCCCUGUGUACUCUCUCAUUUCAGAGAAGGCGACGUCGACUGGUGCUGGAUCAGUACACCCCACAACGACUACGUGCAGGAGGGCGAAGAGCCAAGGCGUGUGGUCAGGAUGCAACCAUCACCUGCUAAAGUGAACGUUCCGAUGCAGGAAGUGAGCCCUCCGGAGUUCGAUCUGCGUCGGCAGCUUCAGGCCGCUCCGUCUGUCCAGGCCAUGGUGCCACCAGUGAUGAAUGCAAUAAAUCCACAUGUUUACUUGUAUCCAGGAAAUUUGAAUAUGCAGUAUUUCCCGCAGUUUAUGCCGUUUAACGAAGCUUGGUUUCAAGGGGGGUGUUGAAUAAAGAUUUUCGAUUCCUCCAGACCUGUCCUAUUAUAUAAUAGCAGUUCUGGAUUACAUCUCAAAUCUGUAUGUUAGUGAAACCAGGCUUCAGGGUUCAGCUAGAGGUCUGUGUGUGGUGAUUUGACUCCUGAUCUCAUGCUGCCAUAAAUGAUGUGUGUGUUUCAACUAAUCUGCUAUCCAUGACAAAUUUAUGUUGUAGUUUAACCUUGUAUCGACUUUUUAUGGUGUAGCCUAGGAUGUGAUAAGAACUUCAGGGACACGUAUAGAGAUGUUUAUGUUUGACUUCCUUUGAUCUGAGCUGAAGAAGGAAGAAGGAGGAGGGAAGACCCCCGCCCAUCUGGCUGAUACCGGAGGGGGCUGGGAGAAGACCCAAGGCCGGAGAAUGCUUCCGAGGCAGGGGUUGCCAUGGAGACGGAAGGGGGGCUAGGAGGAGAGAGUUGAGGAGAAUAAAAGUGUGAGGGCUCCGUGGAGUAGGGGCUUUUUGGGUGUUUGAGAAGAGUUCGGAGGACAACUGUAACGGUUGAGUGAUCUGACCCGCUGCGUCGGGAAAUCUGGAAUAUUUUUACUUCAUCAUAUAAAAUAAAAUAUUUGCUCCUUCAUAUAAGGGGCUUUAAACGGAA